AAUCUCUCUCUCUCUGUAAGUGAGAAAACCACCAUAGCAAAAAAUAAAUAAUAAUAACUGUCUGAAUAAUUCCUCUACAGUACUUUACUACAGUAACUACAAACAUAAAAUGAGGCUUAUACAGUAAAGUUGAUGGGUGCAGUUACCAUUGACGGCGUUGCAGAGGAACUCAUUCCGUGCCAUAAUUUCUGCCUUCUUUUAAUGUAUUUAGUCAUUUUUAUUUUAUUUUCAAUUUUUUCUGUUUUUUUUGGUUAAUUAAGAAACAGUUUUUCUCUUCAAAAGCUGCAAAAACUAGUCUAGAAGAUCAUACUUGAGAGACACCCCACCAAAACCCUUCCUCCCAAGAGUAAAAGAUUUUUUGAUUCAAAAUUAUUAAGCAAUAUAUUUGAUCAAACCGAUCCAUAAAUAGGUUUAAGUUUCUACUAUGGAUCAUAAUAUUGUUGACAAAUGGCUGGGUUAUUUUGUCUAGGUAGAAAGGAAGGUCAAAAAGAAGAUAAAUUAGAUUAUUAUAGUAAUAAAGAAUUAUUGUUAAGAAACGAGGAGAUCUAUAACAACAAAGGGUUAGAGAUAUGGCCACAACAAAGCUUGAACAUUUACAAUGCGUUUGGAGUGGGUCAUAGUAGUAGUAGUAGUAGUAGAAAUUCUUCGUUUGAUGAGUGUGAAAGAAGAUUUGGUAUUAUGAGGCGUAGUGGAGGAAUGAAUUGUCAGGACUGUGGUAACCAAGCAAAGAAAGAUUGUAUACAUCUAAGAUGCAGAACUUGUUGUAAAAGUCGAGGGUUUCAGUGUCAAACACAUGUUAAGAGUACUUGGGUUCCCGCUGCUAAACGCCGUGAACGACAACAACAUCUCUCUGCGUUACCGUUUCGUCGUAGAGAUCAUGUAGACAAUUACAAACGACACACAGAAAUUAAUCAAGGUGCAACCUCUCUUCCUUUCCCUCAACCACCCAUCCCUACCACAGGGUUGGAGUUGGGACAAUUCCCACCAGAGGUGAGUUCUCCAGGAGUAACGUUUAGGUGUGUAAGGGUGAGUUCAUUGGACGGUCCAGAUCAUGAGCAAUGCGCGUAUCAAACGGCUGUGAACAUAGGAGGGCAUGUUUUCAAAGGAAUUCUCUAUGAUCAAGGUCCUCCAAAUCUUUACACCAGUAUUGCACCUAUUGAAGGUUCUUCUGGUGGAGGUCAUCAUCAACCUCAACAACUUGAUUUCAUGGCUGCAACAGCAACUACAGCUACAACCAGCGGUAUCCAUUUCGACCCUUCACUUUACUCAGCUCCGCUUAAUGCUUUCAUGGCAGCUGGUACACAAUUUUUCCAACCCCAACAUCCUAAUUAAUAUGUGUUUGUUACUCUAUCUAUAUUUGAAUCAUAUAUAAUUUGAACCGUGUCUUGUUUAAUCCUUGCACAUUUCAUUUUGUCACGGACUCUAGCUUGUUAGGACUUUAGUGCUAGUGAUUCUGAUUGUAACAUAAGCUUAUGUAUCUAGAAGGAAAAGUUAUGAACUUUAAAAAUGAUUAAUGAUUCUGGUGGUGCAUGAAAUUAAAGUGGAUUACGAUGUAAUUUGUUUUGUGUUACGGAAUGUUAAUUCAGAUUUUCAUGCAU